CACACUGUCAAUCAUUUACCUCCCUGGAGGCCAGAUCUUUACAUAAAUACUGCUGCUUCGGGGAAAUCCCAUUAGAAGGAAAACUAGAGUCAUAAAGAGCAAGUCUCAGAAGCGAAUCCAAGAGCCGAAACUUCAGCAGGAUUAAGGAAAUGCCUGGAUUAUUUGAGAAGCUGACAUUUGUGGCAGGAGUGGCCCUGGCUGUCGUCGCUGUAGUGAGGUCUUCCCCUUUCGUGGGACCGGAGCCAAUUCGCUGUGCUCCCUGCACGCAAGAGAAGCUGAACGAGUGUCCCGCCGUCCCAGCAGACUGUAUACAGAUGCUGAAGGAGCCGGGCUGUGGCUGCUGCAUGGCCUGUGCCCUGGAGAAAGGGGCAUCCUGUGGAGUUUACACUGCCCACUGCGCUGUGGGUCUGCGCUGCACUCCCAGGCCCGGUGAGGUCAGACCUCUCCACGCUCUGACCAGAGGACAGGGGGUCUGCACCGAAGAUGUGGACCAAGAGGAAGCUGAGGUGCCCUCUGACCAAAGCUCCAUGCACCACUUAGUGGGUCUCAACCUUCACGUCGACCACCAAGACAACACUGAGGGCCAAGAGAGCAUCAAGUCCAAGGUCAAUGCCAUCCGCAACAAACUGAUACAACAGGGACCCUGCCACUUUGAACUCCAAACAGCUCUGGAGGUGAUCGCCAGCGCUCAGCAGAAACUUGGAGAGAAGUUCACAACGUUCUACCUCCCAAACUGUGACAAACGCGGCUUCUACAAGGCCAAGCAGUGUGAGUCAUCUCUGGUCGGACCGCCUGCCAGCUGCUGGUGUGUCUCCUCCUGGAACGGCAAGAGGAUCCCAGGGUCGAGUGACCUGAUCGGUGAUUCAGAGUGUCAUCAAGAAGUCACACUGUGAGGGACUGAGGGACACACACACACACACUCGCCCCCGCGGCAUGUGCGAGCACAUAACAUGUUUCUUAAGUUAAUGUCUGUCUGCAACCACCUGGUGAAGUGACUUCCUUUUUAACAAAAAGACAUUUAUUCCUUUUAUUUACAUGACGUAUGCAUCGAGACUUAUUUAUUCACUACUUGUAUAUUCUUCCAAAUGUUAACCAUUUGUUGUUUUUAGAUUUUUAUACAUGUUUGUUUGUUUGUUUGUUUGUUGUCAAUUGUAAACAGGGCAACAGUGUAUACAUUUGUGUUUCCGACUAAAAACUCCAGCGCUAGAAACCACUGGUCCACAGUUAUGCCAAGCACAUUUUCAGGAGUCUUCAGGAUUCUUUCUUUUUUUCACUCAUUCAAAACUGGAGCGGUGCAUUGCACGAAAACCAUACAGCUGCUCAUUCAUUCAACAUGUUGACAUUGUCUGAAUGUAUCUCCAUUGGCGUUUCCUCAAUGGGCUUUGGGGGAAAUACUUAAAGUGCCACAAGUAUGUGCAUAGUGGUCAAGCACAAACAUAUCAGGGUUCAUCCAAGCCGCUCUGAGAUUUGGGACUCGCUCUUCUGCAUUUGUCUACCUCUUCUAGGACUGCAGGUCCACAGGUUUAGCGGGUUUAGAGGGUUGCUUGGGAUUUUUUUUUUUCUUGGCUACAAUUUUCAUUGUUUUCUCAUAUUCUACUUUCUUUAUUUAUUACAAUUCACCACGUGUUUUAUGUUUUUGUUUAUGGUUGAGGUCACAUGUGGUGGACAGUUGUUUGUGAAUGCUAUUUGCCAGGAAUGCUGCUAUUCUACUUUUGGGUUGUAUAAAAAACAAUGUAGAAAGUCCUCUUACUCUGUGGAUUUGCAUUCAAUUAAAUAUAUUAUUUAAUCCUU